AAAGAAACUAAUUUGAUAUUGCACACAGCCGCCCAGGCCGCCCAGGCCGCCUAGGCGAGCGCCUUGCCCAAUUUUUCGAAAAUUUCCUUGUGAUUCUUUGUGUUAUUGGCUUGAUCUUUCCUCUUAUGUUGCCUGCAUCAAUUCUGGUCAAGCAUGCAAUUGAAAAUUAUCGUUGAUGUUGUCUGCUGAAGAACAAAUAGCAUGCGAAGAUCACCUGUUGGACCCUUUUGUUGAGAAUUUCGUACUGGAAAUCAAAGUCCACUUCGAGAUGCAGGAUAUUGAACUUAUGCACAUGUGGUAUGCUCUAGAUUUAGCUGUUCUUGCGGUUGGAGUGAUGGAAAGGACUAUGACUGGUGAAAGAAAAAGUUUUCAUCAAGUUGCAUUUGACCAUUUGAAAGAUCUAAAGAACCAUUUGGAGGCUGUCAAUGACAUCCCUCGCAAGAUUAUGAUGGCGGACGUCAUAAGUUCGCUUUUACAUAUGGAUGAUCUUUCUCUCAAUUUGGCUCAUUGUGCCUCACCAUGGAGCUAUUCUGAAUCACAUUACACAUGUGCUUCAGAGCAAACUGAUCUAUCACAUCACUGUCUUCCUUCAACUAUAAGUUUAUAACUGAACUAGAUCAUGCUCUAAGUGACGGUGUAAGUAGGGGUGGAAGACAAGCAUUGGAGUGGAGAGCGUCAAUUGCUAAACAUUUGAAGCGUGGGAAUGGCAUUUGUCAAUUUUGCAGCGUCUUCUUUCGUUAUCUGAACGCCAGUAGUGGCAAUGGAAAGAGGCAUUAACUGUAUUACGUCCCGCACCAUCUAAGCUACUUAACCUGUGAGUUACAAGUAUUUUCUUCUUUGGGAAUUUAUAUGAUGAUCAAUUGGUUCUUGUGCCUGAAUUGCUUUUUGGA